CUUCACUGCUGUAACAGAAAGGAUAUUUGAAGCCACUGCGCUCUCUGGUCUAUUCUCAAUCAGACGGGCAGUCGGUGGGGGCACGUCUGAUUAGAAAUCUACUUUUUAGGGACUCAAUUGACACAUUAAAGGAUUACUACGCAAGUGACCAAAUAAGGGAACGUGUAGCCUACUCUACACUUUGACCAAUAAUUAUUUAUUAUACGAGGUUGCAUACUUUGGAUGAGUAUGCUCUUUUUUUUCCAUUAUUGUGCAAGAGCCUUUAAACAACUUUAAAGGUUUGUGUUUUCUCUGUUUAUAAAAAGUUUCUAAGGUUGUCUAAUAACCUCCGUUUUAGAAAACCUGUCAUCGCAAGGAAAAACGUUGGAUACGCAAGUCGCUGCCACACAGCGGGAAUAAGGACAAAAGCAUCUGUACCAACAACACAGGCCACACUUCAAAGCGAAAUAACCUGUUAAAUGUGUCAAUGACUUUCAUACAUAUUCUGCUUUGGCUAAGUGAACAGACAUCCUGAGCAAGAACCAACGAAAUGUAAUUUGAACUAUUAUGCAUACAUAGCUCAUUUGUAACUGUUUAAGUUAAAGACUCCCUUGAACCACUACGCUAUUUAUUUUAUAAAGGAAGAAUAACUUUUGUCUGAAGCUCUCCAACCUCUGGUUUCCUCUACACCGCAUGUGUUUUUGCUGAGUUUACUGCACAUUUCGUGUUUCUUGACAAGCAAAGCACUACACACGAAGCUGGAGUUACCAUACCAUUGUUCUCUUUUGAAGAGCGGACCCCUUUGUCUUCCACGGCCAAGAUGAGUGUGAACAUCUCCUCGCCCGCCCCGGCGCCUACUCGUCCCCUGCGGCUGAAGCGGCUGGAGCUUGACGACCCUCAGGAUGACACGGAAGCCCUGAAAUGCAAGCGUCCUCGGCUGAGCCUUCCACCCUCGUCCCCUGGCCUGGCCCCCUGCCUAAGGCCCCUGAGCCACAGCCCAGACUCCAACCAGCACUGUGUGUCCUGCAUUGGGCCCUACGUCCUGCUAGAACCCACAGAGGGGACAGAGACCUACAGGGCCUUCCACAGGGUUACGGAGCAGGAGUACACCUGCAAGGUGUUCUCUAUGAGGCGGUACCAGGAGUUCACCGCCCCCUACGCCCGCCUGCUGCCCCACGACAACAUUUGCCGCAUCGCCGAGGUGAUAACAGGCGAGCACAGCGUCUUUGUCUUCUUUCAGCGCAACUACGGCGACAUGCACUCGUACGUGCGCACAUGCAAGCGGCUCCAGGAGGAGGAGGCGGUGCUUCUCUUCCGCCAGAUGGCGGUGGCGGUGGCACACUGUCACGAGCAUGGGGUGGUCCUGCGCGACCUCAAGCUGCGCAAGUUUGUCUUCGUAGACCAGCAGAGGACCAAACUUGUUCUUCAGAACCUGGAAGACUCCUGUCUGCUUCACGGGGACGACGACUCUCUUACGGACAAGCACGGCUGCCCGGCCUACGUGGGCCCAGAGAUCCUCAACUCGCACCACUCGUACUCAGGGAAGGCUGCUGAUGUCUGGAGCCUGGGCGUGGUGCUGUACACCAUGCUGGUGGGUCGCUACCCGUUCCAGGAUGUGGAACCUGCCGCUCUCUUUAGUAAGAUCCGCCGGGGGACCUUCACAGUGCCAGAGUCGCUCUCGGUGCGGGCUAAGUCGCUGGUGUGCUGCAUGCUGCGUAAAGCACCCUUGGAGAGACUGGAGGCCUCAGAAUUGCUGCUCCACCCGUGGCUGAACUGUUCCAAUAACACAACACCUCCCAACAUGCACCUCAACCCCAGGAACUGCACUGACCAAGUGGUCCCCAACUACACAGAAGAUACUAAGGACACAGGCUGUUUCUAGAAUAAAAAUAAAAAUGUCCUCUGUCCCAGUGAUGCAAGUAGAGCAGUAUCAUCUCCAUAGAGGGACUACUGGUAAUGCAGGGUUUUUUACUACCUGCCCGACACUUAAGAAACAUAACAUAGUCAUAUGGCAUUACAUAUUUCCAAAGUAAACCUCUUAUGCUAAUGUCUAACUGCAGUUUGGUAUCAAAGCAGUCAAAGCUUUGUUAAUCUGUUGUUAGACAUUAGCAUGUAUAGAUGUUGAAGUUGUGCUUUUGAAGAAGUUGUGAACGUGUUAUGCAGGGCCCUUAAUCCAAAUUGUUACCAAAUGUAUUAUAUAGUUUGGUGUCAUGAAGCAUGUAUUUGUUUAGGUAGUGACAUUGCGGUUACGCAAAGCAGUAACUACUAACUACUGGAUCUCCUGGCCACGUGUAACAGACGCCUCCUUUGAGUUAGAUGUAUAUCUGCUUGUCAAGGGUCCAAUGCAGUUAUUUCCACACUGCAGUGUAACCUCAUGAAAAGCGCUUUUCAAAAGCUACCCAACUAUUGUGCUUUAACCAAUGGACAUUGUUUUGUUGACUCAAUGGGAAUAACAGGUGAAAACAGUCCUCGGGAUCCCUUGCCCCAUAUAGAAGCAGACUGUCUAGCAGUAUUCCCUUUUUGCUGGAAGCAGUAAUUUGACCCAUUUUUGAUUGUGAGCAACUCUGUUGGGAACACUAAAUUGAAGCUGUAUACUGAACAAAAAUGUAAACACAACAAUUUCAAAGAUUUUACUGAGUUACAGUUCAUAGAAGGAAAUCAGUCAACUGAAAUCAUUUAAUUUGUCCCUAAUCUAUGGAUUUCACAUGACUGGGCAGGGGCGCAGGAGGAGCCCACUGCGGAGCCAGGCCCAGCCAAUCAAAAUGAGGUUUUCUCCACGAAAGAGCUUAAUUACAGACGGUCCUGGGCUGGCAUGGUUACAUGAGGUCUGCGGUUCUGAGGCCGGUUAGACGUACUGCCAAAUGUUCUAAAAUUACUUUGGAGGUGGCUUAUGGUAGAGAAAUGAACAUUUUAUCUCUGGCAACAGCUCUGUUGGACAUUCAGCAUGCCAAUUGUACAUCUGUGGCGUUGUGUGACAAAACUACAUUUUAUUGUCCUCAGCAGCAGGUGCACCUGUGUUAUCAUCAUGCUGUUUAAUCAGCUUCUUGAUAUGACACACAGGAGAAAUGCUCACCAACAGGAAUGUAAACAAAUGUGUGCACAAGAUUUGAGAAAAGCAUUUUGUCUUAUGGAAAAUGUCUGGGAUCUUUUAUUUCAGCUCAUGAACUGUAACCUUUAUUUAACUAGGCAAGUCAAUUAAGAACAAAUUGUUAUUUACAAUGACAGCCGACCCCGGCCAAACCAGGACGAUGCUGGGCCAAUUGUGCACAUGAAACGUGAUCUUCUUUACAUGUUGCGUUUAUAUUUUUGUUCAGUAUAUAUCUGACAGGACUGAUACCUGAUGCCUCUGAACUUGACAAAAUCCUAGAAUACUUGAAGCACGUUUUGUGCCUUUGUUUGUGUGUACUGUUGUUUACAUAUUUGAGUGACAAAUCUGGAUCGUUUCAAACAUUAAAGUGCCUUGUUUUCAUAACCACAGUUUGUUGUAGACCCUCUCCCCUCUCUUAUAUCCCUAUCAGAAGUUCACCAAGCUUUUCUUUACCAAAGAAUUAAGCUACCCUCAUUUAUUACGUAUGGUGUGAUGAUCCAGGUUUAGUGAGCUGUGAUUCAGUGAUAGUUCAGCGUGGUGUCCUAGAUCCCAAGACAAGUGUAGUCGUCAUGACCUCAAGCGUGAAUUAAUGUCUAUAGUAUAUAGUGCAGUGGGUUAGAUCCUGAAGGAUACAGUGCUGUAGUGUACUUUAAACACCCAUAUAAUGGUGAGACUGUUUAGUAUCUGUUGAACUGAACAAGGGCAUCACAUACAUUACACAGUAAUAUGUGGUGUUAGUCGUGAUGCCUGCAUGCAGUUCGCUAACCCUAAAUAGAUCUCAGAUCCUACUUCACUAUGCCAUAGAUCUUGUGAGACUUUAAAUACUUUUUUAUAUAUAUUUAUAUAUGAUGCAAAAGAAAGUACACUACAUUUGUUUUUCUUAGGUUGGAGGGUUGGUGGAUGUACUUAUGUAAAAGUAUUGUCAUUUUCCAGUAAAAAUAAAUCCUUCGAACGGUU